AUGUAUCUGUCAUACAAGCCAAAAGCAAAACCUAAAGCCCUACUCCGACCUUUGAAAGCUACUUUCGUCUGUGAUCUUAGGAUGGAGCGACAGGUCCCACUUUUAGGAGAUUGGAGACAGGUCUCAGGCAUGUGUGAGUAUACCUGGCGUGGCGCUUACGCCGAGCACGAUCAUUGCUCUUCCAAAAAUCUGUGCAAUGGUUUUCUGUGUGCGACAGCUGUGGUUCCGUCGGUCUUCUUUGUGAUCUUUGUCGUGUUUGGUACGUGCGCCACAGAGACAGCCAAGGAUGGUUCGUGGUGCACACUUUUGGUUGAUCAUCCUUUCUUUACUGUGAAUCUGCUUUUCUUCGUGAACGUGACAGUCGGAUUCUGGGUCAUCGGAUGGAUCCAGAAGUCCAUGUGGCUAAUUGACCCAUACUGGACCAUCCUGCCGCCAUUAAUCGGUCACUUCUAUCGUGAGUUGCCGCAAGUCCAAGACCAGCCAACUGUUCCCACACGUGCAACAGUUUCUCUACUCCUCGUGUGGGUUUGGGCGGUACGGCUCACGAUCAAUUACUUCCGAAGAGAAAAUUGGAAGUUCGGGGAGCGCGAAGACUGGCGUUACACGAAGAUGCAGAAGGAUUUUCCGACGUGCUGGCCUGUGUUGAGCUUUUUCGCCGUCGGACUUGCGCAGCAGCCAUUGCUUGUGGGCAUUACCUGGCCGCUGGAGUAUACGAAUUACGGCGGAGGGGGAGGCAGCGACUCAGAAUAUGGUGCGGAUACUUGGACGAUUGUCGAUUCACUUGCCACCACUGGUUGCGUAGUAGGACUAACUUUCGCCCAUUUCGCCGACAACCAGCUGCGUGAUUACAUGCUUGAAAACGAGACGAGAAGAAAGGAAGGUAGAGACGUCAUUCCCCUCUUGAACACCGGCCUCUGGAAGUACAGUAGACACCCGAACUACUUCGGCGAGCAGCUGUUUUGGUGGAGCGUAGCGCUGUUCGCCAUCGGCGUUGGGGCCUGGUGGACGGCAGUUGGAACCUUGUUGAAUUCUAUCGUGCUAGCAAUCGUCACGGUGAUGACGGAGGAAAAAAUGGUCACGAAUUGGACCCCAGCUCGAGUACACAUGUACAGGUUGUACCAAAGGGAUACUAGCGUACUGAUUCCGCUACCGAAGCGUCACUUAAUUUGCGGAGAAACAGAUCCGAUGAUUGACCCAGCAGCGUCGUGAUCAGCGGAGCAUGGCAAU